UCAACAGUCCAUCUGUAUAGUUCCAUGGUUGUACUCCCCAAGAUAUAAAGUUUCUAAGUCACACAUACAAAGGAUUGUUCCAAGUUGGAUGCUGGAUCAAUCCCCAGCAAUUUUUCUAAAUUCUGGCACCCAUAUCAUUUUCUAGCCAAAUGGAGCUCUCCACUUACGACUUUGGUCACUUGCAGAACCUGUCGUCUACGUUGCUUAAUUCGUCCACCAACUGUUUGAUAAAAUUCUUGAAUGAACGCCCAGAACCCUUUUCAAAGUCAUCGUCUUUGCUUAUUGCAUCAGCCAAGAAGAACUCUCAAGUCCCUUCUUCACAAGGUAUCCAAAAGUCGACCCAGAAGCACUUGUCCCAUAUAUUAAGGUCAGAAGCUGCCAUUGAAGCAAUUGAGAGAAAAGCCAACUCCGCCACUGUCAAGCAUAACCGCUUUUCGCCAAAACUGGUUUUGGAAGCUUUGGACAAUGCCAUCCGACAUAAACGCUGGGAGUCUGCUCUCAAGAUAUUUGAUCUUCUUCGUAAUCAACAUUGGUAUGAGCCGAGAUGCCAAACGUACACAAAGCUAUUGAUUAUGCUAGGCAAGUGCAGGCAGCCCAAAGAAGCUGGCUUGCUUUUUGAGGUGAUGUUGCAGGAUGGGCUCAAACCCACCGUUGACGUUUAUACUGCACUUGUUAGUGCUUAUGGUUACUCUGGCCUCCUUGACAAGGCAUUAGAAAUCAUUGAUGAUAUGAAGUUGAUACUUGACUGCAAACCUGAUGUAUAUACCUACUCAAUCUUUAUCAAUUGUUGCACUAAGCUUCGCCGUUUUGAUAUGAUUAAGCAUGUUCUGGCUGACAUGUCAUAUUUGGGAAUUGAAUGCAGCACUGUCACAUACAAUACAAUAAUCGAUGGAUAUGGGAAGGCUGAAUUGUUUGAAUCGAUGGAGAGUAUGUUGACAGAUAUGCUUGAAAAUGGCACUUGCCUUCCUGAUGUUUUCACGUUUAAUUCAAUUAUUGGCGCUUAUGGGAAUUCAGGGAUGAUUGUAGAAAUGGAGAAAUGGUUUGAUGAAUUUCAACUGAUGGGGAUAAAACCGAGCGUGAUGACAUUUAAUAUCCUAAUCAAGUCAUAUGGGAAAGCGCGCAUGUAUGACAAAAUGGGGUCAGUUAUGGAAUAUAUGAGCAAAAGGUUCAUUCCCCCAACUACUGUUACUUUCAACAUAGUCAUUGAAACGUUCAAAAGGGCUGGAAAUGUCGAGAGAAUGGAGGAGUUUUUCCUGAAAAUGAAGCAUCUAGGAAUGAAGCCUAAUGCGGUUACCUAUUGUUCUCUUGCUGGUGAUGUGAAAAGAAUGAAUGAAAUGUUCUCAUCAAUGAAGGAUAGAGAUUGUGAACCAGAUAACAUUACACUUGCUACCAUGAUCCAUGCCUACAAAGCCAUGGGAAUGGUGGAAGCUGCUCAGACUUUGGAGAAUAAGAUCAUUAUGGACGAACAUGGUCCAGGAACAAGACUGAUUGAGGGCUAGUAUGGUUGAUAGUAAUGUGGAUGAGAUGCUGUCAAACAAACAACACUUCCAUUUGAACUAUGAUCUACAAGUCUUUUGACUUCCUUUCGGGCAUCGGUAGGUGGUCAGAAUUACUAACGUCGCAAUUUAUCAGCAUUAGUUUGUAUUGUGACCUUAGCAAUACUGGUCACCAAUUGCGCUAUAGAAACCAAAGAAGUUCAUGACUGCCUCACAUGUUAAAUUGGAAUCAAAUACACAAUUUAACAUGUUAGCUCUCAACUCAUAGUGGUGUAAUCAUCCUUUCGCAGGUAUCAAGAUAGUUUUUUGAUAUAGAGACAGUCUUUCUAUCUCUGGAGACAGAUGAAAGGUUUACAUGCAAAUUAAAACACAUACAAUAAAAGAUGCAUUUUGUAUGUGUUAUUAAAACUGCAACUAAC